CCUCCUAACCCUAGCACCAACCACUCCCCCUCCCUCACUCCCCUUCGCUCUCUCCCGAGCGCAUCUGGCGCCACGUCGCUGUUGAUGGCGAGGCCAGGAACCUCCCCGUGUCGCCUAGGGACGGCCAGGGGGACCGCCGCCUUCUCCUUCAUCCUCUUUGAUGCCCAGGGACAAGCCGAACCGCCCCUGCAGCUCGCCAUUGUUGUCGUCUUCCCCUGCAUGCGCGCUCCUCUGCCCCGCCUCGUCCUCGACGCUCUGGUCCAGUCCCGGCCUCCCCGACCUCGCCAUCGGCCUCGUUACCCUGAGACCGUUGCUGAUACCCCCGUGAUUGGCUACAUCGACGACGACCCCUCCUUAUUGCCAGAGCAACCAGAUGAUGGAGCCCAGGAGUCAGACACCACCGUGGACGACGACCCCUACUUCACUGAGGGUGCCUACUACUACGUUCAGGCCGCCAACGACCAGGAGUAGUUUAGGAGGAUCCCAGGCAGGAGGCUUGCGCCUCUUUCGAUCUAUAUCCCAGUUUGUGCUAGCCAUCUUAUGGCAACUUGUUUAAGUUAUGUCUAUAAUCAGAUAUUGUUGCUUACGCUGGCCCGUUUAUGUUCAAGCACUUGUAUUCGAGCCCUCGAGGCCCCUGGCUUGUAAUAUAAUGCUUGUAUGACUUAUUUUACUUUUAGAGUUGUGUCGUGAUA